CAGGUGGCGGCCGGAGCUCCGCGGGAAGCCGCUGCCGCCUGCAUGGGGACCCGGCUCCUGCUCAGGGCGCUGCUGUGCGCCUGGCUGCCCUCGGCCCUGUCUCCGUGGGGUACCCGGGCGCAUCCCCCCGCCGCCGGGGACCUGCCGCUCCCCAGCCGAGGCAGCACCGCGGGAUCCCGGAGCAGGGGUGGCCUCGCAGCGGCGAUGCAGGAGUCUGAAAUGGCAGUUUAUAACACUUCACCUACAGCAUCCUUGUCUCGGAACAGGAGAAUACACAGUAUGAAAUGUGGACCAUCCAAUUCACUUACAUGUUUUAAUGGAGGUGAGUGUGUCUACAGAGGGCUGUGCAACUGCAGUCGAUUUAAUGCAACAGGACCAAGAUGCCAGACAGUGUAUAACACAGGUGCUGAAAGAGAUCAUAUAUGCAGGACAUGGGGCCAAUAUAAUUUUGAAACUUUUGAUGGACUCUAUUAUUACUUUUCUGGGAAAUCCACAUAUGCCCUUGUGAGACACGCUGAAUUAGAUGAGCAGAGCUUUUCCAUACAGGUGAAUAAUGAUCCUGAAUGCCAUUCUUCUCCUUAUUCCUGCAAGAGGUCCAUUAGUUUAUUCUUUUCUGGAGAUGAACAGAUAAAGAUGAGCAGUGAAGUCACCUAUAAAGGAUUUGGAGUACAGUUACCUUAUGUUAUUGGCAACUUACACAUCCAGAAACUAGCUGGAUAUUUCCUGGUCAGGCACCAGUAUGCCUUUACCCUGGCUUGGGAUGGUACAUCUGCAGUGUACAUCAAAAUGACACCAGAAUACCUGGGCAAAACCCAUGGACUGUGUGGAAACAAUAAUGCUAUUCUGCAGGAUGAUCUGGAAACUAGUUAUGGAAAACUGACAGAUGAUGUAACAGAAUUUGUAGAGAGCUGGCAGGAAAAUCCUCCACAAGGAACACCUGACUGGGAUAAAUCUCUUCUCAGUGAACCACCGUGCCUGACACAAAGCCGUGAAUCUCUGCAGAGGGCAUAUGCUCUGUGUAAUAUCCUGUUACAUCCCCCAUUUAAACAAUGUCAUGAGUAUGUGAGUCCUCUUUCUUUUAUGGCAAGCUGCACAAAUGAUCUCUGCAUGUCAGCAGCUGAUGAUGCAACUUGGUGUCGAGCGCUCACUGAGUAUGCCAGAGCAUGUGCCCAAGCAGGAAAGCCACUCCAUGGAUGGCGUGUGCACUUCCAGCAGUGUGUCAUUACCUGUGCUGAACCCUUGACCUACAGUGAAUGUAUCAACUGCUGCCCCGUUUCGUGUCAUCAGCAGUCACAGUGCAUUGGCAGUGAGCUUCACUGCAUUGAUGGCUGCUACUGCCCAGAGGGCUUAAUUUAUGAAAAUGAAUUGUGUGUCAAGCCUAUGGACUGUCCUUGUGACUACCAUGGAAGUUUUUUUGAAAUGGGUUCCGUGGUUUAUGAAGAAUGUAAUAACUGUACCUGCAUUGGAGGAAAGUGGAUCUGUACAAAUUUUACAUGUCCAGCUGAAUGCUCAGUUUCAGGAGACACUCACUUCAUGACCUUUGAUGGGCGCAAAUACACUUUCCAAGCCACCUGCCAGUAUAUUCUGGCAAAGAGCCGCACAUCUGGAAUGUUCACCAUAUCCUUGCAAAAUGCUCCUUGUGGACAGAACCAGGAUGGAUCAUGUAUCCAAUCUGUCAGCCUUAUUCUUAAGCAGGACCCCAAGAGGCAAGUGACUCUGACUCAUUCAGGAGAUGUUUUGAUCUAUGACCAGUACAAAAUUAACCUCCCUUAUGCAGAUGAGUUAUUUGAAAUACGGAAACUUUCCUCUGUAUUUCUGCAAGUAAAGACACAGAUUGGAUUACAGAUCCUCUACGACAGAGCAGGACUGAGGCUUUACCUUCAAGUGGAUGAACGGUGGAAGGACGACACUGUGGGCCUGUGUGGAACCUUCAAUGGAAACACAGAGGAUGAUUUUUUAUCUCCAGCUGGAGUAACAGAAAGCACUCCAGAGCUGUUUGGAAAUGCAUGGAAAACUUCAUCGGCGUGCGUUCUUGUGCAUGACAGUUCACAGGUGGAUCCGUGUGAUGUUCAUCUGCAGGCAGCCUCUUAUGCAGCGGAAGCUUGUAGCAUCCUUACGAAAGAUCUUUUUGCUCCAUGCUACCCCUAUUUGAGUCCUGUUCCCUAUUUUGAGCAGUGCAGAAGAGACACUUGCAAAUGUGGACAGACUUGUUUAUGCUCUGCUCUGGCCCAUUAUGCUCAUCAUUGCCGAAAGUUUGGAGUUGUUGUAGAUUUCAGAGGAGCUGUCCCGGACUGUGCUCUUUCAUGUGAAGACACAAAGGAGUACAGUACUUGUGUAUCUACCUGUGGUAGAACCUGCCAAGCACUGUCUGUGCCAGAGAAAUGCAGCAGUGAUUGUGUUGAAGGCUGUGCUUGUCCCUCUGGAAUGUAUUUGGAUACCAGGACUGAGCGAUGCCUGCAGAGAAAUGAAUGCCCAUGUUAUUUUCAAGGAAUUGACUAUCCCCCUGGAGAAAAUGUCAUGACAUCUUUAGGCAAAUGCCAUUGCAGGGAUGGCAUAAUGAACUGUGAUAACAACGUAAUAGCACACAGCUGCCCAGUUGGACAGGUUUAUAUUAACUGCAGUAAUCCACAAGUGGAUCCUGAGCUCAGCAGAGAGAGGACUUGUGAGAAUCAGCUGCUAAACCUCACUUUCUCAGCACACCCUCCUUGUGUGUCAGGUUGUAUCUGCCCACCAGGUCUUGUGAAGCAUGGGGACAUGUGCUUGGAUGUAGAUGAAUGUCCAUGCUCAUGGAAAGGAAAGGAAUAUUUCCCAGGUGACAAAGUAACUUCUUCCUGUCAUACAUGCAUUUGCCAGCACGGAUCAUUUCAGUGCACCUUCCAGCCUUGCCCAUCGAUGUGCACGGCAUAUGGGGACCGGCACUACAGGACCUUCGAUGGACUCACCUUUGACUUUGUUGGAACUUGUAAAGUUUACCUAGUUAAGGGUACUUCUUCAACCAGUCUUUCUGUCAUUGUAGAGAAUAUUGAUUGCUUUAAUACUGGAAUCAUUUGCAGAAAAAACAUUUUCAUUAAUGUUGGAAAAUCAUUUUUAGUAUUUGAUGAUGAAACUGGGAAUCCAAGCUUAUCUAGUUACAUAGAUGGCCUACAAAAAAUGCAGUUAUGGAAAGCUGGAUUUUUCACUGUUGUUCAUUUUCCUGAUGAACAUAUCACCAUUCUUUGGGAUCAAAGAACAACAGUUCAUGUGCAGAUGGGUCAUCAGUGGCAGGGAGAAUUGACUGGAUUAUGUGGAAAUUUUGAUUUGAAGACAGUAAAUGAACUGAGGACACCAGAUAAUUUUGAAUUAACAAACUCACAAGAGUUUGGAAACAGUUGGACAGCUGUAGAGUGUGUUGACAGCUCUGACAUUCGAAAUCCAUGCAGCUUGAACCCCCUUAGGGAGCCAUUUGCCAAGAAGGAAUGUGGGAUACUGCUAAGUGAAGCAUUUGAAGCUUGCCACCCAGUGAUUGACGUCACCUGGUUUUACUCCAACUGCUUGACAGAUACUUGUGGCUGUAACCAGGGCGGUGACUGUGAGUGUUUCUGCACGAGUGUCUCAGCCUAUGCCCAUCAGUGCUGCCAGCACGGAGUUGCCGUGGACUGGAGGUCUCCCAGAGUGUGUCCUUAUGAUUGUGAAUAUUUCAACAAAGCUCUGGGAAAAGGUCCAUACAAACUUGUCAGCUAUUUGGAUGGAAAAUUCGUAAUAGCAGCAAAAUUGGUGGAUGGUGUUGUUUUCCCCGUGAAAGAAGAUGAUAUUGUCCCUGGGCACGUAGUGAGCUUUAUGCUGACUUCAGGACUUUAUAAACCCAAAGCACAUGAUUCCAGCUUGAUUUCAUUUGAGACAGCUGAGAGACCAAAUUAUUUUCUUCAACUAGUUUCCAAUAAUACCCUUGUUGUUUCUAAAUGGAAAAAAUCAGAAGAUUUUCACAACAGAUCUACAUUUGUCAUUCACAAAAAUACGUGGCUUUCAGGGUACAGUUCCUUUGAGUCAUUUGCAAAACCAGGAUAUUUCAUCCACACUUCAGCCUCUUCAGUUGAGCUUUUGAAGUACCAUCAUUCAGAGGAGUUCAGACUGUCAACUCUUUUUAAACUUGUAGAUGUCAAAUUUAAGCUUCUGUCCCGUUCUACGUGUGAGUGGCGUUAUGAUGCCUGCACAAGCCCUUGUUUCAAGACAUGCAGGGACCCUUUGGGGAAAAACUGUCAGACAGUACCGAAAGUGGAAGGAUGCAUCCCUGUGUGUCCUCUCAACAUGUUGCUGGAUGAAAUCACUCAAAGAUGCGUGUAUUUUGAAGACUGCAUUGAACCUGCAGAUGAUAGUCCAUCUUUGCUUCUUAGCAUUCAGACCCCAGCAGUUCCACAUUUAACACCAAGUGCAAGUUCGGCAAUUAUCAGUGGACGGGUAACUUCAUUUCCUGUACCUGAAGCAAAGGACACAGAAACAACACUUGCUUCAAAAUUGCAACUCACUUCAACUACAGGGAAACUGGAAUUUUUGGCUAUUGCAUCAAAUGAAACACUUCCAGCCAUAACUUCAUUGCCAAGUAUUUCUUUGCAGUCAACAGAAGUGACAUCGGGGAGAAGCACCGCAGCGAUGACUGGGACAACAGAAUCUAAUGUAAGCUUGUCUGCUUCUGUUGAUGUUUCUCCUUUGUUUCCAUCUACUGUCAGUUCAGAAACUUCCACAAGGAUACAGCUGAUCAGUAGUGGCCCCACUAAGCUGCUGAGGGCUACAGAACCUCAGACAGCAACUGCUACACGUGCAGUGACGACAAGAACAGAAUCGGAGAGCAAACCAAUUGCUACUUCUGUUUUUACUGGGACACCACUUGUACUUAGAACAACAGAAAUGCCAGUUAAAACUAAAGUAAUGGAGUUGUUGGAAAUGGCCACAAGAACACUUCCCACAAAAGAAGCACAGGUAAAACCAGAAGGACUUAAAAUAUUUACUCCCAGUUCAUUUGAGUCAGUAACAGAUAAAACUACUGUGUAUGUGCCACAGUUUUCUACAUCACCUCUGGAUGUGCCUUCAUAUACACCAACAGUAAACCUAACAGGAACUUCAGAAGGGACAAAAAUAAGUGUAGAACAGUUUUUUACUGCAGUAGCUAAUGUUACAGUGACAUCAUUUUCUCCUAUACUCACUACUUCAUCUUUGUUAAAGCCAGCAUCUUCAGCAACAACAGAAGCAGCAGCUGUUUUAACCAAACAGACUGUGAAGACUACAUUUUCACCAAGAUCCACGCCACCUAUUUCAUUAGGAAAGACAGCUACAGAACCUCCUCUUGGAAUGGUUCAACACCUGACUGGUACUCCAGAGGUUCUUUUCACUACGACUCUAGGUCCAAAGAUGACAACUCUACAAACCCAAGAGAGAUCAUCGGAAACAACUUUAUCAUUUACAACUCAUAAAAAGGAAAUCCCAAAAAUAACAUCUCAUGUGGAGCAUACGUCAAGUUCCUAUUUUCCUCCCUAUUCACCACAUCCUAGUUCUAGUGCUGAAAAAUCCUUCAUUCUUUCUACAAAGAGACCCGCAGUGUCUGCUCCUACUCCUGCUUCUGCAGCUUCAGGUGAACUAAAAAAAACAUUUAAAACAGUUUCAACUACAGGGUAUCCCUUACACACAGUUCUAAACACAACCGAGUUCCUGACUACAUUUUACACUAAAUAUCCUGUCGUGGCUGAGACUAUCAGUGUGACACCUUUGUCUGUUAAGGUAACGUCCAAAAUAACAUCCCCUCUUGAAUUAGCAACAAAGUCAACUUUGUUUUCUGGAAAAAUAUCUACUGAAUACAAGUCAGCUCUGGUUUCAGGUACAGUGAAGACAAGCACUCCAGCAUAUUCAGGUAGUGUUGCCACAACAGCAGUGAAAACCAAAGAAAGCACCACAGCUCCUUUUAUAGCUACAGAAAGAGAAUCACUUCAAAGAACAUCCAUCACUGGAUCUCCACAUUCUCUCCGUAGUGUGACUGAAACCACAUUGCUGUCAACACAGCCUGAUAAAUCACAAGUAGAAAGUAUUACUACCAUCUCUACUGGAAAGCCAUCUGCUUUGACUUUUUCACCAUCAAGUUCUCUAAUCUCUUUAAACAUUUCUCUUUCUUCCCUACCCUCAGAUGGAAAAGAAGCAUCACUGACAACCCCCAGUCCCAUGCAUACAACCCCUGGAAUACUUCCAGUAACAAAGUCUUCUUAUGCUUUCUCCACCUCUCUGUAUCUAGGAGAUAAAUUAGUUUCUUCACCUUCUUUAACACAACUGGUACCAGAGUUAACAACCACACCAAAAUAUUCAGUAGAAACUAAAAUGGUUUCUACAGCAUUAAAACCUGCAGUCCAAAGCCUAACAGAAGCAGUGAAACUUCCAGCAGCUGCAGCUCAGCCAUCCCUGCCCCUAUCUUCAGCAGGCCCCUUCUCCUUGCAGACAUCUUCAGGAGCUAAACUUUCAGUACAGGCCACAAGGACCACUGUUAUACCACCUUCUUCCACUCAGAAGACUACAGAACUUGGUCAUCAGGCCUCUGAACAUUCAUUGGCAAGCCAAGUUCACCAGCAUCCUGCAGAAUCUCUAACCAAAUCCCCUGGUCAGCCACAACCUGUCUUUAGCACAACUGAUGCUACAGUAGAAUUGACUUCCUUUUACCCCUUAAAGACCUCACUACCUGAAGGUAUUCACUCAAGUAUGUUACCUACCUUGGUAGGUCCUACCAAAAUUGUUUUACCAACUCAAAAAUAUUUGCAUUUAACUGAUUCAGUCACACAGACACUUGUAUCAAGAACUUCUGUUUUGCAGCCUACAGUCCCAGCUAGAACAACAGCUGACUUGAUUUUUGGCACCAAAUUUCCCCCUUUCUCACCAGAACUGCUUUCCACUUCCUCUUUAACUACAAUUACAAAAGAACUGUCUCCUUUGUUUUCCACGCAAAAGGCAGCUACAGAUCUAAAAUUCACACAUCAGGGCUCAUUUACUAAAUCCCUUGAUUCAAGACAAACACUUGAAGCAUCACCUUCACCAGACUCCGAGUCAACCUCUUCAAUGGUUUUGCUACCAGAAAGGACAGAAAUUCCCGUUGCAUUGGGAUCCACAUCAGGGAGAAGUGGUACAGAGAAAACUGUGGUGUCGCCUAAGGAGGUCAUGCCUUCAACCACCACCUACAGUUCCACGAUCCUAGCAAGGACAGCCUUGUCGACUGGGGACCAUCCAUCAGUUGCAGCUGCAGCCUCUCCAGCGAUGAGCAGUGCUGGGAAAAAUGUCAGUAUUGCAUCAGCAGCUUCAGAGAAAGCAGCAGCAGUCACAGAGUCCAUCUCCAGCUCUCUUUCCGUUACUUCAGAAGCAAAAGGAGCCAUGCCCCUGGACACAGUAAAGUCUGAAGAGUCAGAAUUAGCAACAGGAUUCCAAUCUGUCCUUACUCAGGGUGUUACUGUUACACCUCAGACAUUUUACCCUCUGUAUUUCACAAACACAGCUUCACAUCUGUCCACUGUAUAUUCACCUGCUGAAUCAAAACCACUUUCUUCUAUACCUCCAUCAUCUAUCAGUACUAAUCAAACUGCAAAAUUUGAAAUAACAUCUGAGAUACAAACACCUUCUGUGAGUUCACUGCUAAUGAUAUCUGAUCAUCCAAAUGACACCGCAGCUCCAUCAGUUUCCUCAUUUACUUCUUUAUCUACCAAACCACUUCAUGGCUUUACUACUGCAUUUUCUGAUGGGCUGGCAGUAGCUGAAUCCAUGGCAGGAGCUGCAGCAUCACCUUUUAUGUUGUCUCGAGAAACAGCGACUCUUCAAACUUGUACACCAAUCACAGAGAGUGAAUGCAUAAAACACAUUUGUUUGGAUGGACAACUGAUCCAGGUUAAUAAGUCACAGAACUGCCCAUACAAUGCUACUCAGCCCAGCUGUGGAGUUUUAGGAUUUGCUACUCAAACAAAUGGCGACAAAUGCUGCCCAAAGUGGGAAUGUGCAUGUCGUUGCACCAUUUUCUCUGAUCUGAGUAUUGUAACCUAUGAUGGAAAUCAUUUGGCUUUAUUCAAAGAAGCAUCCUACAUUGUUAGUCAAACUCCAGAUGAAACUAUAACCAUCCAUGUCCUUGACUGUAGAAUGAGGAAUUCAAGUUCAACUUCUUUGUGCCUGGCAAUGUUGAACCUAACUUAUGUAUCAAAUCAAAUUAUUAUCAAUCGUUUAAGCAGAAAAAUAACAGUAAACUCAAGAUCUGCUUGGCCUACUGUUAGAAAAUAUGGAUACAAAGUUGAAGAUUCAGGUUUCAAGUAUGCAGUUGAGACCCCAACAAAAAUCAGAAUUCAGUGGUUUCACAACACAGGUGUAAUGAUUAUUGAGUUGAAUAGUACCAGAGAACCAGGAGCUUUGGGACUAUGUGGGUUUUGUGAUAAAAUCUUGGAAAAUGACUUGAUGCUACCCAACAGGACAUUUUUAAGCCAAAGCAGUUCACCCUCAACUUUUAUAGACAGCUGGCAAGUGCCAGACACGUUAAAGUAUGUUGGAGAAGACAGGCAUCAGGAAACUAAUUGCUCAGUCAUGGACUGCUCAGAGUGCUUAAGAAUGGUGUUGAACCAGACCUUCAGCAGCUGUCACCCUUAUGUUCCACCUGAGCAAUUCUGUGAUAUAUGGGCUCGAGACACUGAGUACAUUCUAAAUCCAUGUGUUUCACUAGCUGCCUAUGUGGCAAUGUGCAACAAAUUCAAUAUUUGCAUAGAGUGGAGGAGCUCUGGUUACUGCCCCUUCCCCUGCUCUGAAAACUUCUCCUACCAGCCUUGCAUAGCUGCCUGUGAGGUUCCAGAGAGCUGUCAGAAUAACAAGGUUGCUCCUCUGGACUCAGACUCCUGCUCAGUGCUAACAGAAGGCUGUGUCUGUGCUGGAGGGACCAUCCUUCACCGGACUCAUACUGCUGUCUGUAUUCCUGAAGAAAAAUGUGCUUGUACCGACAGCUCAGGAGCACCUCAUGCCUUGGGUGAGAUCUGGAGAACUUCUUUGAAUGGAUGCUGCAUGCAAAAAUGUGUUGACAGUGAGACCAUUAUUCCAGUGAAGUACAACUGUUCAGAGAUCCCCAAUUUGGAGUGUCAGCGAUUUGCAGAAGUGGCUUUGCUUGUCCCUGAUGAUCAGACAUGCUGCCCUCAGAAGAUCUGUAUUUGUAAUCAGAGUCUCUGUGAACUCCUAAUCCCCGAGUGCAGCAGCUUGGAAAAGUUGGUCACCUACUACAGUGAAGAAUCCUGUUGUCCCAGCUAUGUUUGUGAAUGUGAUCCAGAAAAAUGUGAACCAUUGGAGCAGAUGCCAAGCUGUCAAGAUGAUCAAACACUGAUAGCUGCUCGGGUGGAGAAUACUUGCUGCAUUGCCUAUAUAUGUGCAUGUGGGGCUUGCUCAGAUCAAAUCCCCAGAUGUCAAGAAGGAGAAGUUCUCAUUGUGGAUGGUAACACUACUGAGAGGUGUUGCCCUACAUACCAGUGCAUCUGUGAAAUACAUCGUUGUCCUGAAUUCAAAUGCAUGCUUGGCAUGUCUCUGGUGGAGGUGUGGAGCCCGGAGAAGUGCUGCCCCUUCCAGACUUGUGAAUGUGCAUGUGAAACAAUCCCCAAACCUCAGUGCAAACUGGGGCAGAAACUUGAGAUAGAUGAACUGUUUCAGAACAGUACAGAAAAUGUCUGUAACUGUGUGAAGUACAAAUGUGUGAGAGACAAAGUUUGCCUGAGUAAUGAGAGAGGUGUGCUGCUUCCUGGGCAGAGAAUUGUGGAACACAGUGCAGAUGGAAUUUGCCAUAUUUCCUAUUGUACAAAUGUGAUUGAUCCCUCCACUAAAUACUACAGAAUAAACACAUCUUCGAUAGACUGCGCUGUCAAGUGCAAAGCUAACCAAGUCUAUCAGCCUCCAAAAGACUUAACGACUUGCUGUGGUAGCUGCAAGAACUUGUCUUGUCUCCACACUUUCAGCAAUGGCACAGUUACCAGUUUUAAACCUGGUGCUGUUUGGAUCUCAAACUGCAUCAGAUAUGAAUGCACCAGUACAGCAAUAGGACCAGUUCUGGUUUCCUCUGCAGUUGGAUGCCCACCCUUUAAUGAAACUGAAUGUGUGAAGGUUGGUGGCUAUGUUGUGCCAUUUUUGGAAGGAUGCUGCAAAACAUGUAAGGAAGAUGGUAAAUUCUGUAAGAAGGUGACUGUUAGGAUGACCAUCCGCAAGAAUGACUGCAGGAGUAACACACCAGUGAACAUCGUUUCUUGUGACGGGAAAUGCCCGUCUGCCAGCAUUUACAACUACAACAUCAACACCUACGCCAGGUUCUGCAAGUGCUGCAGGGAGCUCGGGCUGCAGAGAAGGACUGUGCAGUUGUACUGCACCAGCAAUUCAACCUGGGUCAGCUACUCCAUCCAAGAGCCCACAGAUUGCUCUUGCCAAUGGUCUUAAAAAAAAUAGAAAUAAAACAGCAAGCCCAGAUGUUCACAGCAUAAUUAUAAUAUAGUUUAUCUAUUAAAAAUAUAAUAGCCAAUCCUCUGAAUUUCACUGGUUUAUUGCAAAAGACCACGAAUACAUUUGGACUCUCCUCGAUUUCUGAAAAGUGGCUUUGCAUCAUUUGUAUUGUAAUUUGUCUUCAUUUUCAUUCACAGGUGUUGUUUUAGGGGUUCUUGUGGUAUGUGCCAGCAUAAAAGGUGAUUUACAUUGGUGACAUCUAAAGAGAGGAAGCACCAUCUGUUUUGUUUUGGAAGGCUGAUCCGCUCUUUGUCAAGCCCCCAUUCCAGUUUUGCAUCAUUGCCUGACUUACCUGGGAACAGAUCACUGUUUUAAAAAUUGUAAUUGUGCAAGUAUGUUUAGUGGCUAUUAAGAAAAAUUCUU